ACCGCUUCCGCAAAGCUGUGUUUGUUUUCCUGGUUAGCGUGGACUGACGGCGUGCUUCAGCAAUGGAGGGUAAAGCUGUGAAAGCGAUCCUGUUUGAUUUGGACAACACGCUCGUAGACACGAGCCGAGCCGGCGAGGUGGCUCUAAAGAAGGUGAUGACGGCUAAAAAUGGUUUUCUCCGCGGGGACUUCAGUUAAAACUUCCGCUGAUUGUUGAUGUCGCUUGCUAAAGUUCUCGGUUUUAAAGUCAACAUCCCUCGCGAUACUUGUUUCAUGGAGAAACCCCGUUAACAUGUGCAGUAUUUUAUUUAAUUUAUACGGCAUAAAUAAGAAAGAGUCGAUAUUUGAACGGACUGGGAAGUGAAUGAAGACGUGGUGUCCGCUCCUUAACAGACUGCCGGCGCACGACCUGGAAAGGAGUUAUGAAGACCGGCAAGGGAGGAGUUUUCCUCCUGACAGGCAGGAAAAACUCUUGUUUUCACGAGAGACUGGUGAGCUUCUGAAGUCCAAACUGAACCUGGACGACGACACAAUCCGCAGCAUUUGUGAUAAAUUCAAGCUGAAGCUGCUGUGCGAGAGCCCCGACCGGCCGCCUGGCACCUCCCAGGACGACAUCCGCAUGUGCCACUGGACAGAAAGCAUCGCAGAGACUACAGGAAGCAGCGCCGCAUCCGAUCUGGCUUCUCAGUGCUACUAUUUGUGGAAGAACAGCCGGCUGGAGCUUCUGUGUCUGACCCCGGAAGUGCGCGACCUGCUGAGGCAACUCCGCGGCCGGUACAAGCUGCUGCUGCUCACCAACGGCGACGCUCGGACUCAGAGGGAAAAGGUGGAGGCGGCCGAAUGCGAGGAGUUCUUCGACGCCGUGGUGAUCGCCGGAGAUCACGCCGAGCAGAAGCCGUUCCCGUCCAUCUUCCAGCUGUGCUUCAGCAUGCUGCAGGUGGAGGCGCAGGACUGCGUCAUGGUGGGCGACUCUCUGGACACGGACAUCCAGGGCGGGGUUAACGCCAAAGUUCGCGCCACGGUGUGGAUUCACAGAGCGGACGGGUCUGAGCUGGACGGUCCGGUGAAACCAGACUACACUGUCCCGUCUGUUCUGGACCUGCCAGCCGUCCUGGCACAGCUGCAGUGAUGUGAAUGUGAACAGAUUGUUUUUUAACCUCCAUAUGUUUACAAAUAUUUUCAUAUUUAUCAACUCUA